AUGUCGUCGGAAGCGAGCAACAGUUCUGUUUCAGCGUCAUUCGUACAGCUCGAUGAUGCGAAUCGCCAAACGGUGUACACCGGCAUAUUUUUGCGUCAUGCCAUCCAAACGCACCAAUUCGAUUUAGCGAAAAAACUCAUCGCGUACGGUGCCGAUGUGCGCGAGAAGACCACUUUAAACCAGACGGCAUUGCAUCUCGCCGUAACGAACACGAGCGAUGUCGAAAAAACCGGCAUCAUACCCAACUACUUCGUUUACCUCGAAGAAAAGUUCGACAAGUUCAUCGACUCUUUUAACUACGCCACUACGGCUAGGUGGGAGGAAGCGAUCAGUCUAGCGUCUGACCAGCGGAAGACCUCUGAUUUCGACAGUGCCGGCAGACUCAGCCUCGUGGAAAUGCUGCUGACUUUUGGGGCCGACGUGAACAGCAAGGACCACAACGGCUGCUCGCCCAUCCAGUGCGCCGUCUACACGGGCGACCUCGAGCUCGUGCAAACUCUGAUCAAAGCCGGUGCCGACAUCGAAAAUCGCAACAGGAUGGGCGUAACGCCGCUGUUCGACUCUAUCUUGUACUGCAAUAUUGACAUGGUCCGACUUCUGCUGAGCUACGGGGCCCGCGUCAACGCCGAAAGAAUAGACGGCGAAACGCCCCUGCUCUGGGCCACUUUGCUCAACAGAAACAACAGCCACGCAGUCAUCAUCAGAGAGUUACUGAAGCAUCCCGUGGAUGUGAACAGCGAGUGCUUUGGCGUGACACCUUUUCAUUGCAUUCUCGCCUACGCCAACCUCGAUUUGACGAGACAGUUCGUCGAGCUAAAAGCGGAUGCGACGAUAGUUGACGUAUAUCGAAGGACCUCUCUCUACUUCGCGGCUCCGAACGCAGACAAGGACGUUUUGAAUUUAGUGCUGCAGAUGAGCGACACAGAGAUCGAUCAGAAGUGCAACGUCUUGGGCUGCGCACCGCUGCACAUAGCCGGCGGAACCUGCAGACCGGAUAACGUUCAACUUCUCAUCGAGUGGGGUGCCGACGUCAACGCUAAGGACGAUGACUACUGGACGCCGUUAUUUUUAUGCGUCAACGAUUCGCAAUCGUCGAUACUCCGGCCCGACUUCGCAGAGGACAGAAGGAAGACGAUAAGUCUGCUGCUCGAGGGUGGUAGCGACGUUAACGCGAAGGCCAUUGUGUAUUGGGGGCAGUUGAUGUUCGAGUCAACCGUUCUCGAGGAGGCGAUCAGACGGGAAGAUCUCGAAGCCAGCAAAAUGAUCGUCGAGCACGUCGCCGCGAUCGAGGCUUCGACGAGCAAGCCAGUGUUCGGCGAUUACAAUCUAGCAGUGAUCGAUAAAAAUUACGAGCUUAAGGGCUACUACAAGAAGUGCCAGGCCGAGCUGACGCUGAUGAAAAAUAGUAAAAUUCAGAAUACUUUAGUUACUUAUUUCACUAUUUUGACGACAAAAUCGACUGAUGUGCUCGCUCGGUAUGCGAGAAAUGACGAUGUGGUAAUAGCUUUAAAAAACAGCGAACGGAUUAACGCGGCUUAUCCGAUUUACAGUUCGCGGUUGAGGGCGAAAUUCGACGCGGGUGUGGUUCAGUGCAAGUUGUGCGAAGAUGUAUGCGCCGUUUUGAGUACGCUGUUUCAGUUCGUCGAUCCGAGCAACCUGUGUUGUAGUUUUAUUUCCAAAUAUUUAAGCACAGCUGAUGCCAACUUUCUUGUCAAGAGUUUUAAUGAGAUUGGAAAUUGA